AUGACAUUCAAACUUGUUAAUUCAUUUAUACUAAUAGUUUUAACUAUCAUAUAUAGUCAAGAGAAGGGCGCAGUACUUGGCAGAUGCCCAACUUUGGAAUCUGAAGUUAAAUUGUCUUCUCCAAACUCACCUCUACCAAAGGAAAUUCUAACUGACCAACAAGUAACCCCAGUUUCACCCUUAAGUGAAGAUGUUAUCUUUCCUACUGAAGAGUCUUCGAGAGAAGCAGAGGAGGUUUUGGAAGGCUCAGAAGUUCUAUCUCCUGUAGUUGGUAUCGAAGUUUCUCCAACUCCUAUUGAGACCUUAUAUCCUUGUGUAGAUCCAGAUUGUUUGGAACUUACUACAUCCCAAGUUAGUGUGAAAGAUUUGGUAAGAUACUAUGAAGUUAUGGGAUCUGAGUUAAGAAACAUAAGUACAGAAGCUAUAACUCGUGAUAAUGUAGCUAAACUAGUGGACUUAUUUGAAUCAGGACAACAUGAUAUUGUUGAAAUUUUGGAGAGUCCCACUUUAACUGCUUUGAGAAAUGGGGAAUUUACAAAUAAUAAAGAAGAAGAAGAACAUGUUGAUGAGAUUGUAAUAGAACCUCCAACAAAAGACAAGGUUGGGGAAUUAGUAAAAUAUUUCGAGGAAUUAGCUGUUCAGGAUGAUUUAACAAGCAAUAAAAGUGAAUACUUCGUAGCAAGAAUUAUAGACUUGAUUGAGGAGACUAAAGAAGAGGAACUAGCUCAGGUUCAGGUUCCUCGAGAAAUGGUCUUACGUCUAGCUUCUGCUUGGGAUAAUUUGGCACACAGAGAUACCAAGGUGUUAUCUCCAAUUGCAUUAGAAAUGGGUUAUACAUUCAAUGAUCUAUGCAGAGAUAAGUUGGCAAAAUGUAUGGAGUUAUAUCUAGACCAACAACCAGUAGUAGAAUCAGCAUAUCCUCCAAUUGUAUCUCCAUUAAAAACUGUAUCUGAAGUAGUGGUAACUAGGAAGGGUGGUUUUCAGGUUACUGCUCCUAAUAAGCAAGAAGCUAUAAGUGCUGUUAUUAGUAAUGCUAAUGCAGCUACAGGGAGGAACUUUCAACCAGAGGAUGUAGAAGUUAAGAGAGUUUUUAGAGGAUCUUAUCUUGAUACUGAUGAAUAA